UCUGACCCUUCUCCUUCCUUACGAUCAGAUCCCUGAACCUCAAUUCCUCCUCCAUUGCUCGAUGAAAGAAUCGAGUGCCGUAGUGGAGCUGGGGUGCAACCGCAUAACUCACUGAGUUAACCCGCUGCCAUUGUUGAAGCAACUCGCUGAGCUCAUGGAAAGAUCUUAGCUUGAAGCGGUCCUUUUUCGUUCUCCAAUUUCGAGAUCCCAACUGUCACUGAGUCAAAGCUCCUUUCCAGCUCGGGAAUGGCUUCUUCGGAAGCCGAUUCCCGUCUGAGUCAGGUCGUUAUCCCUGCCCUUGAGAAAAUCGUCAAGAACGCUUCCUGGCGGAAGCACGCGAAGCUUGCUCAUGAGUGCAAAUCGGUUAUCGAAAGGCUAAAUUCGCCUCAGAGGCAGGAGUUGCCUGGCUCACCCUCCGAUAGCGAACCCGAGAGUUUGGUGCCGGGGCCACUUCAUGACGGUGGUCCUGUGGAGUACUCGCUUGCGGAGUCGGAAUCGAUUCUUAGCCCUUUGAUCAAUGCGGCUAACUCUGGGUUCUUGAAGAUCGCUGAUCCCGCUGUCGAUGCUAUCCAGAAAUUGAUUGCCCACGGUUACCUACGCGGCGAGGCAGACCCCGGAGGGGGCGGUGCCGAAGCUAAGCUCUUGGCUAAUUUGAUUGAGUCAGUAUGUAAAUGCCACGAUUUGGGAGACGAUGCGAUGGAAUUGUUGGUGCUGAAGACGCUUUUGUCUGCUGUAACAUCGAUAUCUUUGAGAAUUCAUGGUGACUGCCUGCUCCUCAUUAUAAGGACAUGCUAUGAUAUAUAUCUUGGUAGUAAAAAUGUGGUGAAUCAGACGACGGCUAAGGCGUCGUUGGUUCAAAUGCUAGUGAUAGUGUUUCGGAGAAUGGAGGCCGACUCUUCCACAGUCCCAAUUCAACCAAUUGUAGUGGCUGAGUUAAUGGAACCUGUUGAAAAAUCCGAUGCAGACAGUUCAAUGACGCAGUUUGUGCAAGGUUUUAUCACGAAAAUUAUGCAGGAUAUAGAUGGGGUACUUAACCCUGUGACGCCCGGUAAAAUUUCUUUAGGUGGACAUGAUGGUGCAUUUGAGACCACUGCAGUGGAAGCCACUAACCCUGCGGAUUUGUUGGAUUCUACGGACAAAGACAUGCUAGAUGCGAAAUAUUGGGAAAUCAGUAUGUACAAGACAGCAUUGGAGGGAAGGAAAGGUGAGUUAGUGGAUGGGGAGGCCGAUAGAGAUGAUGAUUUGGAGGUUCAGAUCGGAAAUAAGUUGCGGAGGGAUGCAUUUUUGGUGUUUAGAGCACUUUGUAAACUAUCUAUGAAGACGCCCCCCAAGGAGGCAUCUACUGAUCCGCAGCUAAUGAAGGGGAAGAUUGUGGCACUAGAGUUAUUAAAGAUUUUGCUAGAGAAUGCUGGAGCUGUGUUCAGGACUAGUGAAAGGAUGGUCAAUGGACUUCUUAAAACUGCUCAGGGUGUCCCACCUGGUGUAGCGACUUCACUUUUGCCCCCUCAAGAGGCAACGCUAAAAUUUGAGACCAUGAAAUGCUUGGUUGCUGUUUUAAAAUCAAUGGGAGACUGGGUGAACAGACAAUUGCGCAUUCCAGAUCCUCAUUCAACCAAGAAGACUGAAGCUACUGAUAACAACCAUGAAGCAGGAGGUCUUCCAAUGGCAAAUGGCAAUGGAGAAGAGCCUGUUGAUGGAUCAGACUCUCAUUCUGAAAUCUCUAAUGAAGGUUCUGAUGCUUCAACCAUCGAGCAACGCCGGGCUUACAAACUGGAACUUCAGGAAGGUAUAUCCCUUUUUAAUAGGAAGCCUAAGAAAGGAAUUGAAUUCCUCAUCAAUGCUAACAAGGUGGGUAAUUCACCAGAAGAUAUAGCUUCUUUUCUAAAAGAUGCAUCUGGGUUGAACAAGACUUUGAUUGGUGAUUAUCUGGGAGAAAGGGAAGAAAUGUCCUUGAAGGUUAUGCAUGCAUAUGUUGAUUCAUUUGAUUUUCAAGGAAUGGAGUUUGAUGAGGCAAUCAGGGCUUUUCUUCAAGGGUUUAGAUUACCUGGUGAGGCCCAGAAGAUUGAUCGAAUCAUGGAGAAGUUUGCAGAACGCUAUUGCAAAUGCAACCCUAAGGCCUUUUCUAGUGCUGACACAGCUUAUGUCCUUGCUUAUUCUGUCAUAAUGCUUAAUACUGAUGCUCACAAUCCUAUGGUGAAAAACAAGAUGUCUGCUGAUGAUUUCAUAAGAAACAAUCGAGGUAUUGAUGAUGGAAAAGAUCUACCAGAGGAAUACUUGAGGUCAUUGUUUGAAAGAAUAUCUAGAAAUGAGAUCAAAAUGAAAGAUGACAACCUAGCUCCCCAACAAAAGCAGGCUGUGAACCCUAACAGACUGUUAGGCUUGGAUACUAUCUUGAAUGUUGUGAUCCGUAAGCGUGGGGAUGACAGUCAUAUGGAGACCAGUGAUGAUCUUAUCAGACACAUGCAAGAACAGUUCAAGGAAAAAGCUCGGAAGUCUGAGUCAGCCUAUUAUGCAGCUACGGAUGUGGUAAUCCUUAGAUUUAUGAUUGAGGUGUGUUGGGCGCCAAUGUUAGCUGCCUUCAGCGUUCCUCUUGAUCAAAGUGAUGAUGAAGUUGUAAUAGCUCUUUGUCUUGAAGGCUUCCGCUGUGCUAUUCAUGUUACCUCUGUAAUGACCAUGAAGACUCAUAGAGAUGCUUUUGUGACUUCAUUAGCCAAGUUCACCUCCCUACAUUCUCCUGCUGAUAUUAAACAGAAAAACAUAGAUGCUAUCAAGGCUAUAGUUACUAUUGCUGAUGAGGAGGGGAAUUACUUACAAGAAGCUUGGGAGCAUAUCUUGACAUGUGUUUCCCGAUUUGAGCAUCUACAUCUUCUUGGAGAGGGGGCUCCACCUGAUGCGACAUUCUUUGCCUUUCCUCAGAAUGAUUCUGAAAAAGCAAAGCAAGGAAAAUCAACCACUCUUCCUGUUUUGAAGAAGAAGGGACCUGGGAGAAUGCAGUAUGCCGCUGCCACUGUGAUGCGGGGUUCAUAUGAUAGUGCUGGUAUUGGAAGUAACACUUCUGGGGUCACGUCAGAACAGAUGAACAAUCUAGUUUCUAAUUUGAAUAUGUUGGAACAAGUUGGAAGUUCAGAAAUGAAUAGAAUAUUCACUCGAAGUCAGAAGUUGAAUAGUGAGGCCAUAAUUGAUUUUGUUAAGGCUCUAUGCAAGGUCUCCAUGGAAGAACUGAAAUCUCCAUCUGAUCCACGGGUUUUUAGUCUUACAAAGAUAGUUGAGAUUGCGCACUAUAAUAUGAACCGCAUCAGGCUUGUGUGGUCUAGCAUCUGGCAUGUUCUCUCUGAUUUUUUUGUAAACAUAGGCUGUUCUGGAAACCUUUCAAUUGCAAUUUUUGCAAUGGAUUCUUUGCGUCAAUUGUCAAUGAAGUUUCUGGAGCGUGAGGAGUUGGCUAAUUAUAAUUUUCAAAAUGAAUUUAUGAAGCCUUUCGUCAUUGUUAUGAGAAAGAGUAGUGCUGUUGAAAUUAGGGAACUGAUUAUCAGAUGUGUAUCUCAAAUGGUUUUAUCUCGUGUCAACAAUGUCAAAUCAGGAUGGAAGAGCAUGUUCAUGGUAUUCACCACAGCAGCUUAUGAUGACCACAAAAACAUUGUGCUCUUAGCUUUUGAAAUAAUUGAGAAGAUUAUUCGCGAUUACUUUCCUUAUAUCACUGAGACUGAAACCACCACCUUCACAGAUUGUGUCAAUUGUCUAAUUGCUUUCACCAACAGUAGAUUUAACAAAGAGAUUAGCCUAAAUGCCAUUGCUUUUCUCCGGUUUUGUGCAACAAAACUAGCAGAAGGAGACCUUGGUGCUUCUUCGAGGAAUAAGGACAAGGAAACAUCUGGAAAGAUUACUACACCUUCACCUCGAACAGGAAAAGAGGGGAAACACGAUACUGGAGAGGUGACUGACAAGGAUGAUCAUCUCUAUUUCUGGUUUCCUUUAUUGGCUGGUUUGUCUGAACUUAGCUUCGAUCCUAGGCCAGAGAUUAGAAAAAGCGCCUUGCAAGUUCUGUUUGAAACAUUACGUAACCAUGGCCACCUCUUUUCACUAGGUUUAUGGGAAAAGGUAUUUGAAUCAGUCCUAUUUCCCAUAUUUGAUUAUGUGCGCCAUGCUAUUGAUCCUUCAGGAAGUAGCGCACUAGGGAAUGAAGUGGAUGAUGAAGGUGAGCUUGAUCAAGAUGCAUGGCUUUAUGAGACAUGCACAUUAGCCCUCCAAUUGGUAGUGGAUCUUUUUGUUAAAUUUUAUGAUACAGUCAAUCCACUUUUGAAGAAGGUUCUGAUGCUCCUAGUAAGCUUUAUAAAGCGCCCUCAUCAAAGCCUAGCUGGCAUUGGUAUUGCUGCAUUUGUUCGUUUAAUGAGUAAUGCUGGGGAGUUGUUAUCUGAAGAAAAGUGGUUAGAAGUGGUUUUGUCGCUAAAAGAAGCAGCAAAUGCAACACUUGCUGACUUUUCGUUCCUUGAAAAUGGCGAGUUAUUGGCUAGACAUCAAGAGCAUGAUUCAGCUGCUGAUGAAUAUGACAAUGAACAUGUUGAGUCUGGCUCUCCUGAGGAUAAUUCAGAAAGGCAGAGGACUCAUCAACUUUAUGCAUAUUUAUCAGAUGCAAAAUGCCGAGCAGCUGUUCAACUUUUACUUAUUCAGGCGGUGAUGGAGAUCUAUAACAUGUAUCGGUCUCACCUUUCGGCCAAAAACAUGGUUGUCCUAUUCGGUGCCUUGCAUGAUGUGGCAUUGCACGCUCACAAGAUUAACAGCAACACUAGUUUACGUUCUAAGCUUCAAGAAUUUGGCUCAAUGACCCAAAUGCAAGAUCCACCUUUAUUGCGCCUUGAGAAUGAAUCCUACCAAAUAUGCCUCACAUUUUUACAGAACCUUAUUGAGGACAGGCCUCAUAACUAUGAGGAGGCUGAGGUUGAAACUCAUCUUGUCCGACUUUGUCAGGAGGUCUUGGAGUUCUACAUUGAGAUUGCAGGUCUCAGACGAACGCCUGAAUCAUCUCACAGUGGACAGCCUCAUUGGUUAAUUCCUUCAGGCUCUGGGAAGCGACGAGAAUUAGCCGCUCGUGCACCUCUUGUUGUGGCUACCCUUCAGGCCAUAACUAAUUUGGGAGAUUCUUCAUUCGAGAGGAACUUGGCGCAUUUUUUCCCUAUUCUCUCAAACUUGAUAAGUUGCGAACACGGCUCAAACGAGGUCCAGGUAGCUCUCAGUGACAUGCUUAGUUUAACAGUCGGUCCUGUUUUGCUUCGUUCAAACUGAUAUUGGCCAUGCAUGCAUUUCAAGGCGUAGGAUAUUUUUUUUAUUUUUCUGGGUCUGAGAUUUUUUUUCUCUUUGUUUAUAUUUUCCCCUCGCUUGCCUCUACUUUCUCUGAUAUAGUUUGAUAGUAGUAUAUGAAAAAGAUGGUAGCAGUUUUCUUGUAGCUGUACCUUCCAAAUCUUCUGUAUUUAGAAUUCUGUGCAUUGACGCACGUGGUUUAAUGUUGUACGCUUACUUUUUCCUCAUUUUUGACAUUGAGCUCUACUGUAGAAUGAUACCUAUAAAGCUUGAGAUUUUCUUGAUA